AUGUGCUUACAAAAACAAGCCCGUUGACCGUUCACCGACAGUUUUCUCCUCAUUCGACAUCUAAACGCUGCGACGCCAUCUUCUUCUUCUUCUAGCAUUCAUCAGUAGAGGAGAGGAGAGAGGACCGAAGACACUCAGAGGGGAAGCCGAGAGAGAGUAGAGACAGUGAACGAUGAGCGGAGCUAAAGCCCGCAGCGACGCGCCUGUUGCUGAAAAUGUCUCCGGCGGCACUGCGGCUCCUCCGCGGGACCGCAAGCCCGGCGGAGGAGUCCUGAAGAGGCUGAAGUCCCGGAGGAGCCAGGUGGACAGCAGGCCCGUCACGGAGGAAGACCUGCGGAUACAGAGUGGACACAUCACGCCGGAGGAUGUGCUGGGACUGCGGGUGGCUACGCGAGGUUUGAGGUACCUCUGUAAACCCGAGGACAACAUUUAUAACAUCGACUUCGUACGCUUUAAGAUCAGAGACCUGGAGACCGGCACCGUCCUGUUUGAGAUUGCCAAACCCCCACACACAGAGGACGACGAAGAGAACAGAGAGGCAGACGCCAGCGCAGGACGAUUUGUACGCUACCAGUUCACCCCGGCCUUCCUGCGACUGAGGACUGUGGGAGCAACGGUGGAGUUCACAGUCGGAAACCGGCCUUUAAACAACUUCCGCAUGAUCGAGAGGCACUACUUUCGCGAUCACCUGCUGAAGAGCUUCGACUUUGACUUUGGCUUCUGUAUCCCAAACAGCCGUAACACCUGUGAGCACAUCUACGAGUUCCCUCAGCUGUCUGAGAGCCUCGUCCGUCAGAUGGUGGAGUGUCCUUACGAGACCCGGUCAGACAGCUUCUACUUCGUGGAGAACAGACUGGUCAUGCACAACAAGGCAGACUAUGCUUAUAACGGAGGACAGUGAUAUCUGUCUGCUAGCAUGCAAAAACACACACAUAAACAUCUGCAUGCACACACACGCACUCACAUAUACAUAUUAUAUACAUACAACAUACACGUAGUUCAUUCACUCAUACAUGCACAAGCAGCUACAGACACGGUCGAGUCGCCUCUUGUGUUUUGUAAAGAUGAAUCUCCAUCCACUGGGAUCAUUUUCAGGGGGGCGCGCUUGAUACUGCACGAGGUCGAUAUCAGCCUCUGCUCCGCCACACAAACAGGAAGCUCCUGUUAUAAAAAGGUUAAUUUAUCUGUUUUUAAUUAUGAACCAUUCUGCGAGGACUCAUCAUCGCUCUAGUGGCCGUGUGACGUCUCAAACGGACCAAAUGGUUAUUAGAUAGAUGGUUAGUCUCCUCUUUGCAAUUUUAAAAGUGUCCUACCACCCACUCAACACACACACACUCAAUCCCCAAGUGACACACAUAGUGUUUACGCAGUGUUUGUCAGAAGCAGCUGUUCUCAGAGCUGCCGCCUCCACAAUCCACUCCAGACAAUAUCGGGGGAGAACGAGCGCAAGCAUCCACAAAAACACUCCUGUCAAACACACAUGGUCACUCCUGCGAUCCCCUCCCCAUCGCCCUCUCCUCUCUCGCUUUCACACACACACACACACACACA